AACCUGUCGGCAGCUGUCGCAAACUGUCGGGCUUCAAUGACAGUGACAGGCACACGGCCGCUGCUGGAUUGAAUUUGAAAAUAUUUUAGCGUGAAACCAGCUACGGGAAUAUAAUGGCAGACGAAGAGAAUUUACCAUCGGGUUGGGAGAAAAGAAUGAGCCGCAACUCAGGCAAGGUGUAUUACUUCAACCACACCACCAAUGCCAGCCAAUGGGAGCGGCCAGUAGGAGACUGCCUUGGAGAGCCAGAUAAGGUACGCUGCUCCCACCUCCUGGUCAAACACAACCAAUCACGUCGUCCAUCCUCCUGGCGGGAACCGAACAUAACGAGAUCCAAAGAUGAGGCUGUGGAUCUUAUUCAGAAAUAUAUUGAGCAGAUUAAGUCCGGAGAAGAGAAGUUUGACGUCUUGGCUUCCCUGUUCAGCGACUGCAGUUCAGCAAAGAACGGUGGGGACCUGGGACUCUUUGGCAAAGGUGAAAUGCAGAAACCUUUCGAAGACGCCUCCUUUGCGCUCAAGAUUGGAGACAUGAGCGGCCCCGUUUUUACCGAGUCUGGAGUGCACAUCAUCAAGCGCACCGGCUGAAGCAAGCGCCACGGUCCACACACACACACACACACACAAAUGAGCCUGCAAUCUCCAAUGCGUAACAACAAAGCUUUAUAUCACACGAAUGAAACGAUAAAUAAUCCAGAAUGAUUUCAACAGAGCAUCCUGCAAAUGUUUGAUGAGAUCCGUACAUAAGAGUUAAAGGUGCAUGUCUUCCUCUUUCAUUCCUUGUGUGAGCUUUAGCAGCGUGUUCUUUUCACUUCUCAAGCCUAGCAUCAUGUCAGUGGCAAGACUUGACACAUUGAAGCUCGUGCUGAUUUCACCAACCAGCCACAGGAACUGUCCGCCCCUCGAGGCCCCUCCU